AUGAAAGGUGUUGAAGAAAUAUGUAGAGGAAAAUAUUAUGGAAUUUGCUUUGUGGGUGGUAUGCUUAGUUCUGGCGCUACCCAUCUGGCCAUUACUCCUCUGGAUGUACUCAAAGUCAAUAUGCAGGUUUAUCCGAAUAAAUAUAACAAUGGAAUUGUAUCUGGCCUUGCCACCAUCUGGAAACAACAAGGUUCUUAUGCUCUUUGGAGAGGUUGGUCUGCGAAACUAUGUGGAUACGGAGUUCAGGGAGGAUUCAAAUACGCUCUCUACGAGUAUUUCAAGAAUCUUUAUGCCGAUCAUCUCCUGCUUCAUUCUACCAGGAAUUCUAUUUUCUUUCUUAGCGGGCUCUCUGCACAGAUUUUAGCUGAUCUCACACUUGCUCCUUUUGAAGCCGUUAAAAUUCGUCUUCAGAUUCAACCUAAUUUUGCUAAGGGUUUAUCUGACGGUUUUCCGUUGGUAUACCGAAAUGAAGGUCUUGCUGGUUUCUAUAGGGGUCUUAUUCCGCUGUGGAGCCGCAAUCUUCCUUUCUCUAUGGUCAUGUUUUCAUCCUUUGAGCAUUCGGUGGACCUAAUAUAUAAAAAUAUCAUGCAUAAAAGAAAGGAGGACUGUUCUACGCCACAACAACUCGGUGUCACGGGCUUUGCAGCCUAUACUGCGGGUGCUCUUGCUACUGUCAUUUCCAACCCCGCUGACAAUGUCAUGACCAGUCUUUAUAAAAAAAAGGCUGAAUCUGCUAUGCAGGCCAUCAAGAACAUUGGAUUCAUAAACCUGUUCACUAGAAGUCUUCCUAUUCGCAUUGCACUUCUAGGACCAGUUAUAACUCUGCAGUGGUUUCUCUAUGACACUAUAAAAGUGCUAUCGGGACUGCCUACUAGUGGAGGACUCGCAAGAGACCAGAAGGAAGUUAAAUUGUAG